GCACAGAUCUGGCGCGCCGUCCUUCACCCUUUCCCGGCGCACGCAGCACACUGGUAUAAGCUCAACGCAUCAGACAUGCUUAUUUUUUUUAUAGCAACAACGUUGUUUUUCUCUUCUUGUCCGUCUUUCAUCUGCCGUUCGUCGACUCUCCAGAUCCCUACGUUGCUCGCUCUCCCUCCGUAUCUGGAGGCUUGUGGAGGGUGGUGGAGGACAAUGGCUCUGGAUUGGUGGCAUUGGUGGCUUCGUCGCCCCCGGUUCACGGCGAUCCGCUGGCUGGCGACGCGCUAAGGGAGAAGAAGAAUAAACUUGAAAUGGGCUAGAAGCUUAGCAUUCGCGAUACGCGCGUGCUUAACUCUACCUUGGAACAAGGGGUGAAGGUGAGUUUACCCAAUCACUGUCGAGGCGCCCGUUACGCCGAUCUCUGGUCUCGCCUACAUCGUUCAGAGGGGAAAGGAAAAAAACGGACGCGCAGCAUCGUCACGUAGUGGACGCGAUCGAGCAAGCAUGCAUAGUGUCAGUUUCAUCGGCGAUGCCUCCUGAGCAUUAUACGAUGUACGACGUCGCCGUUCUUUCACGCACACACACACACACACACACACGCACGCCCUCCGCUCUCCCCUUCUCUGUGAGCGUACGCCCGCGGCUGGCACUGUCACGCUCCGUCGGAUUUAUCAGAUUUCAUGGUAGGGUGAAUGAAUGACGUCGGUC